GCCGGGAUCACAUGAGUGGAUGCGGCGAGGAGCGGUCACUGGGCCUGAGCGAGCCACCCGCCCUGCGGCCAUGGGGCAGGGGGAGAGCCGGGCCCCCCCGGCCCCGCUGGACCUGAACCCGCUCCCGGACGAGCUGCUGACGCUGAUCCUGAGCUGGGUCCCGGGCCGCGCCCUGGUGACCCGCUGCCGGCUGGUGUGUCGCCGCUGGCGGGACCUCAUCGACGGGCCCACGGUCUGGCGGCUGCAGGGCGAGAGGCGGCCGGGCUUGGGGGCCACCCUGGCGGCCGCCCGCCUCUGCCCCCCGCCGCGGUGGAGCCGGAUCUGCCUCCUGGAGCCCUUCGGGCGCAACCUGCUGCGGAACCCCUGCGGGCAGGAUCAGUUCUGUCACUGGCUGGUGCAGUAUGGGGGCCAUGGCUGGCAGGUGGAAGAGAACCGCUGCCCAGUCGAGGGCGCCCCGGCCCAGACCUGCUUCGUCUCAUCCUUUGACUGGUGCGCCAAAUCGCAGCUCGUAGAUCUUCUAAAGGAGGGGUUGUGGGAAGAACUACUGGAUACCUACCAACCGGAAAUCUACAUCUCCGAUUGGUGGGGCGCCCGGCAAGACUGUGGCUGUGAAUACUCCAUCUGCGUAAAGCUCCUGGCUGCUAACAGAAGUACUGUAAUCGCUGAAUUCCAGGCCAACCCCGAUCCCAUACAACAGUGGAAUGACCAGCAGUAUCACCAGGUGUCCUACCGGUUCAGGCAGUACGGCCGUGGAGUGCGGUACGUGCAUUUCCUCCACAAAGGGAAGGACACUCAUUUCUGGGCAGGACACUACGGCGCACGGAUCACCAACUCCACAGUCAUGGUGAAGCUCAGAAGAGCAAUGCUCCCUGAGCGACAGCUGCGCCCGGCCUACCCGCCCGAGCGAGCCCAGCCGGGACCAAUCAAGAACGGUGGCGGCGCGCUUAGGGGGCGGGGCUCCCGUGCGACCAACCCAGAGGCGGCGCGGUCGGAACCAAUCAGAGAGUGGGAGGUGGCAAGAUGGCGGCUGCGGAAUAUCAAUCCUUUCCCUCUUGCCUUUGUACCAGGGAGAUGGCCCUUAACCCAAGCUCUGGGCCAGCUGGAAACCCGCACCAUGGCCACCCUCAACCAGAUGCACCGUAAGGGCAAGCCAAAGUUUCCCCCACCCAAACUUGGCCCCACUUUUGGCAACCCCCAGCUCAAGGGAGUGGUCCUCAAGACCAUGAUUCGCAAGCCCAAGAAGCCCAACUCUGCCAACAGAAAGUGCGCCCGGGUGCGGCUUAGCAACGGCAAGGAGGUGGUCUGCUUCAUUCCCGGAGAAGGUCACAACUUGCAGGAGCACAGUAUUGUGCUGGUGGAAGACAUGGCGGCGCCCAUGGCGCUGGGGCGGGCGCUGCGGCGGGUCCGCGCCUGGCGGGCGCUGCCGGGGCCGGGGCCGGGGCUGGGGCUGCCCGGCGCGGGGAGGCGGCGGAGCAGCGAGGGGGCGGCGGGGCGGAGCCGGCUGUACGAGCACGUGCGGGAAGGGAACAGCGCGCGGCCCCGCCUGGACAUGGCGGCGCUGAACGCCCGGCCCGAGCAGGCGGAGCGGGAGCUGGAGACCCGCAAGGGGCCGCUCGGGCCCCGGGACCUGCGCGAGAUCCUCUCCACGUGGAAGAGACUGGUGAAUGUGCAGGAAGAGAUUGGAAAACUUGAAACUGAGAAAGAGGAAGUCUCCAUUCAAGUGAAAUAUCUUGUGGAGACCCAGGACCAGAGCACGUUGCAGGCGCUUCCCGAUUACCAGAUGCUACGGAACCGAGGGCGGGAAAUACGUCACCAGCUGAAUUCCCUGUACCAGAAGGAGCUGGAGCUGGAUGAAAAGUACUAUCUGAAGGCUCUGAAACUGCCGAACUGGACCCACCCUGAUGUGCCCGUCGGAGAUGAGAGCCAAGCGAGGGUGGUGGAGGUUGUGGGAGAGAAACCAGCUUUUGAUUUCAAAGUGAAGGGGCACCUGGAAAUUGGGGAGGACCUGGAUAUCGUCAGACAAAGGCGCCUCUCUCACAUCUCAGGCCACCGCUCCUAUUAUCUCCGAGGGGCUGGAGCCAUGCUCCAGCACGCCCUCGUCCAGUUCACUGUCAGCAAGUUGGUGAAACAGGGCUUCAUUCCCAUGGCCGUUCCCGACCUGCUGCGAGGCGCCGUGUUCGAAGGCUGUGGAAUGCAGCCCAAUGCCGUCCCAUCCCCGGUGUACAACAUCGACCCGUCCCGCUUCGAGGACCUGUGCCUGGCUGGCACCUCCGAGGUCGGCAUCGCAGGCUACUUCAUGGAUCAUGCUGUGAAUCUGGAGGACAUGCCAGUCAGAACCGUGUGUUCCAGCACGUGCUACAGAACCGAGACAGACACCGGCAAGGAGCCCUGGGGGUUGUACAGAGUCCAUCAGUUCACCAAGGUGGAGAUGUUCGGGGUGACGGCGGCGGAGAGCGGGGAGGAGAGCACCGCCCUGCUGGAGGAGUUCCUCGCCCUGCAGAAGGAGAUCUUCUCCGAGCUGGGCCUACACUACAAGGUCCUGGAUAUGCCCACCCAGGAGCUCGGGCUGCCUGCCUACCGGAAAUACGACAUCGAAGCCUGGAUGCCCGGCAGGGGCAAGUAUGGUGAGAUCUCCAGCACCUCCAAUUGCACUGACUACCAGAGCCGGCGCCUUAACAUCAUGUACUACGACCGGACGGGGCAGCUCCGCUACGCGCAUACGGUCAACGGCACGGCCUGCGCCAUCCCACGGGUGCUGAUCGCUCUGCUGGAGUCCAACCAGCUCCAGGAUGGCAGCGUCCGAGUCCCUGCGAUCCUGCAGCCGUUCCUGGGCGUGGAAACCAUCGUCAAACCCAGCUACGCCCCCUUGAAAUACAUUGGGCCCAACCAGCCCAAGCGCCGCUGAGCAGCCUACCAGGAGCGGCUGUACCGGGGACCAGCCAUCGGGGAUCCCAGCCAGACGCAGACGAGACGCACGCACCCUGGCAGCGUUCAGAGAGGCCUUUCCUGGCUUGUUUUCUGGCUCUGAGCCGCACCCAGGUUAUUCUUGGUGGCUUGUGACCUGUCCCUUCUUCUGCCCCCUCGAGUUGGUCUGUGGCACCUGGAUGGGGCCGAUGUGGAUGGGGUCUGAGGUGCUUCAGAAACCCCAAGAUCCUUCCGGCCCUGGAUUGCGCUGCCUGGAGCCAGACCCCAGCACUGGCAAGAGGCAAGGAGCUGUUUUCUCCCCAGGACUCUUGGGUUCUUCCAUCAGUAACCCCUGGCGAGGGGGAGGAGAGAUCUGGCUUACAGGCCUUUGGGGGGCAUGCUGGGGCCUUGGCUAGAUUCAUUCCCCCCUUAACAAUUCCCUCUCCGUGUCCUGCUCUGUGACCUCCCUGCCGAUGGAGCUGGUGGCUGACGAGAUCAAGAGUUUUUUGCCCCGCGGGCCGCCGGUUCUCAUCCGACUCAGGCCGGCACUGGCUGCGGCAUGUUCCCAUCGGCCAGCCCUUCGGAGACCCUGACGUGAAACGAGUUUGCCGGGUCUCAGCCCAGUUCCCCGGUGGAGCAGUGUCACACAGCAGGAUCGGCACCGAUUCUUACCGGCUGCCUCAGCAGAACGGGCAAUGGAGACUGGUCUCUCCCCUUGGCCGCAGCCAGGGUCCCCCAGGGGCUGUGGCAGCCAAGCAGGGGGACAGUGUGUUCGCCCUUGCAGCUGCCCGUGCUAUGGGGAAGGAGAGGGGGAUCCAGGCUCCCUGAUCGGUCACUGGACUGACUGCAGGGGGGCGGGAUCCCAGCCAAGAGGGUCAGAGGGGGAGAGAGAUACCUGAGUGGGGUGGCUGCCAAGGUGGGGCAUGGGCUGCCUAGAGCCGCCAAUCAAGACAAUGAGAUUGUGCCACCCAUUAAAUCUGCAAUUGAAAAAGGUU